CUCAUUUUCCUUAGACAUUAUACAUAACCAUGGAGCUUUUGUCAAACUUCCAAAAGCGAGAAAUCAUAGCGGAGGAAAUCCUGACGAACAAAGAACUGAUUGUGGAUUAUGAUCGGAGGCGGAAUAGUAACCGAGAAGCACUCUCAAAACUGAAGAAGGAACUAUCAAGUGAAAAAAAAGUCUGGGUCAACUUGGGUGAUCUAUUUGUCAAAAUGCCCAAGCAGAAUAUUGAAACCAUGAUUAGGAAAGAUCAGGAAACAUUGGAUUCAGAGAUUACUGAUAUCAGAGAAGCUAUGAAAGAAAAAGUAGUUGAGCUUGAAAAACUGGAAGGAGGCGAUGGAUCCAAAGCAAAAGCUUUCCAACUCAAAGCCAUGACGAAAACUUAAAUAAUCAACAAAAGCUAUUGUUACAUGAGCAUAGGCAAAGAAAGAAAAAAAAUAAAAUAAAAUAAAACUUAGAAG